AUGAAGACUACGCCGGCACACAUCAUAUCAAAUGAGGACAAUCUUUCUCAUCUAUCAUCAUUUCCAGAAAUGCAAGGUCUAAAGAUUUCAACGGAUGAAAUAAACGAAGAGGAUGAGACAAAUACCGUGUAUCGACGACAUCCAAUGACAGAUGAUAAAAAUCUUAGAGGGGAGGGUGGACAAAAUUCUAACUUACCUGAACUUACCUAUGACAGAGCUCCUCAUCAUCAACAAGCUCAUCCAUUCUCAUUUGCUAUAUUUCAUCGGUUUCUAACCGCUCAUGCGGCUGCUACCACUUCCGGAUCAACAUUUGGAACAGCAACAGCAAUUACUGGGUUAUCAGGGUCAAACUCUAAUGCACUCGGGACAUCUACUGGUACUACUGGUACUCCAACAACUGCUAAUUUCAUCAGCAAUAAGUGUGAAUUACUAAAGCCAAAUAUAUUCGAUAGUACAGGAGUAGGUAACUGUCACAACUAUCCUUCAUCAUCUUGGACGGAUCAUUUACCGUUGCUCGGUGGAUAUCAUCGUGCUUCACCGGUGUUUGAUACGUCAUAUUCCUCCCCACCAUGCUCUACGUCCUAUCCAAUCUAUGAUCAGAACGCAUUUAACACUCAUCAAUCUUACCUUAUAUCAUCAGCUGCUCCUUUUGGGUUUGAGAUAAUCAAUGCACCGAGUGGUAGUUGUGAUCAAAUUGAAAAGAAUUUCGAACCACCAUUACUGCCUACUUCGUCACAUUAUAACAAAUCUGAAAAUGAGGAAGAUAUUAACGAUGCCAGUGUAAUCAGUAAAGGAACAAGUGAAGAUAUUACCGAUGUUCUCAACGAAAAUGAAACAUUUAAUGAGGAUGAAGAAGAAAGAGGAAGAAAGAAACGGCGCAAACGACGCGUAUUGUUCACAAAAUUGCAAACUUUUGAACUUGAAAGGAGAUUUCGCGCACAGAGGUAUCUUUCGGCGCCCGAACGUGAACAGCUUGCCAUGCAAAUUCGCUUAACACCUACGCAAGUGAAAAUUUGGUUCCAAAAUCAUAGGUAUAAAACCAAGAAGACCAGUCAGGAUAAGGGAUUAAAUGGUAAUUUGGUGCAGAAUAAUAUGUCAAUGCCAACUGUUAAUUUUUCACAAUCAAAACGCAUUCCGGUGCAAAUGUUGGUACAUGACGGGAAACCGUGUCCCACAGAUUUUGUUACCGAUACUUGUUCCGCAUCAAAUACAUUUCCGGGUUCAUUUACACCAAAUGGAAAUUAUUUCACAUCAACAAAUUCUAUUUUGCCUUCCAGUUCACAUUACUAUAUGCCAAACGGAUGGGCUUGGUAA